UUGAAUCCCCCACAGGACAGUCAGUCAUGGCAGGAGAACCAAGCACAGCAUCCACAUGGAGGAAUGGUCAGUGUGUGGCGUCUGUGUCCACAUCCAUAUGGCUCACUCGCACCUUUGACUUCUCACACUGCAGGACUCUUCUGGAAACCAAAGGCUUCCAGAUUCCAGCAGAAGAGUUUGAGGGUCCACUUCGUUUAGCGCUGGACCACCCGUCCGUCAGAAGAUACCUGCUUUUAAACUCAAACAUUUUUAAUGUCAUCAUGGCAUCCGUCUUGUAUGUGGUGCUGUGGUGCGCUGUGUACUCGACCAUUCACAUGUACCUCGAUGGCAGCACAGCAGAGUUCUGGGUGCUCUGUCUGUGUGUCAGUCUGGUGUCCGUGAUCCUCACCGCCGCCAUCAACCUCAUCUUCCACUACAGCAACAGAGAGAUCAACAUGAACACAGACGUGCGGUUGGUGGGGGUUAAUGAGCGCACGGUCAGACACAAGCUGCUGUUGGGAGUGGCUGACUGGGUCCAGAAAUGCAGAGGAAACCUGCAGGUAAUUACUCAUAAUGUGUGUUUACUGUAUACUGUAUCUCCACUCUUGUCAGCAUGGUCAUCAUUCAUUGAAUGGCCUUUUUGAAUUGGGUGAGGAG